GCUGCCGCCUGCGACCCAGCGGCGGGUCCUGCUGUGCGAGCGGCUCCUUCCUUCGGCAGCCCGCGUCUUCCGUCCCGCCCACGGGCACUGUACUGUGCGAGAAAGUCCGCGGCUCGCCCUCCUCCGUCGCGACUGCCUCUUCCCCAGCCCCCGCCCCGGCUCACCCCCGUCCGCGGGGCGCGGAGGCCAUGUUCCCCCCGGACUCCACCUGGAAUAUCUCCUUCGCCGGGUGCGGCUUCCUGGGGGUCUACCACAUCGGGGUAGCGAGCUGCCUGCAGGAACAUGCCCCCUUCCUCGUCGCCAACGCCAGGAAGGUGUACGGGGCCUCCGCCGGGGCGCUCACCGCCACCGCCCUGGUCAGCGGGGCCUGUCUCGGUGAGGCUGGUGCCAGCAUUAUUCGAGUGUCAAAAGAAGCGCGGAAGAGGUUCUUGGGCCCACUCCACCCAUCUUUCAACUUGGUGAAAAUCAUUCGGAUCUGCCUGUCCAAGACUGUGCCAGAGAAUGGGCAUGAGGUUGCAGCGGGACGUUUGGGUAUUUCCCUGACACGGGUCUCUGAUGGUGAAAACGUGAUACUCUCAGACUUCAAUUCCAAGGAGGAGCUGAUCCAGGCCUGCGUCUGCAGCACCUUUAUCCCUGUCUACUGUGGGCUGAUACCUCCAACCUUGCGUGGAGUGAGAUACGUUGAUGGAGGGAUUUCUGACAACUUGCCACGAUACGAACUGAAGAACACGAUCACAGUGUCUCCAUUUUCAGGAGAGAGUGAUAUCUGUCCACGGGACAGUUCCACGAACAUGCAUGAGCUGAGAGUCACCAAUACAAGCAUCCAGUUCAACCUUCGCAACCUUUACCGUCUCUCAAAGGCCCUAUUUCCUCCAGAGCCCCAGGUGCUGCGGGAUAUGUGCAAGCAGGGCUAUCGGGAUGCACUGCACUUCCUGAAGAAGAAUGGUCUCCUUCAUCGUCCAAGUCCUGCCCGUCCUCUCCUUGCCAUAGAAGCCCCCCCAGAAGAGAAAAACAAGGAAGAAAAAGAAGCUGAGGACCAGCUAGAGGACAAUACUGCUCUUGCUGUUGUUGAAGAGCAUAUCUUUGAACACUUGCCUCCCAGACUGAACCAAGCUCUUCUGGAGGCUUGUGCUGAAAGAAGAAGUUUUUUGACUGGUAUCACCAACAUGCUGCCUAUACGUGUGGCCACAGCAAUGAUGGUCCCCUAUAUGUUGCCUCUGGAGUCCGCAGUUUCCUUCACUGUCAGGUUGUUGGAAUGGCUUCCAGAUAUCCCUGAGGAUAUUAGGUGGAUGAGGGAGCAGAUGACUGAAAUCUGCAACUAUCUGGUGAAGAAAGUGAAGAAGAAACUGGGCAGCCAUCUUUCAGCCAGGCUUUACUAUCACCUUGAGCUUGGAGGGCCCCAGAGCCUGCCGAUUUCUUCCGCACCAGCUUGUGGUGAAGCACUGCCUAUGUGGAUGAGAAACAACCGUUCCCUGUCUGAUGUCAUGAUGAAGUGGGAGGAGUACCAACGCCAGCUCAUGCUGGGCCUACUGUGCAUCAACGUGGACAUGCAGGCCUCCCUCUUCCCUCGGGAAGGGUUUCAGAUAAAGCUUCCACCUCUAGACUGUGCAAAAGAGUGCCUGCCACUCUUCUGAGCCUGCUGCCUUGACAGGAGAGUGGGUGGGAAGGGAAGCAGACAUAGGGUGGGACCAGUCUCAUCCCUGAGCAGCAGGCUGCCCUGCGCUCAGGAAUAUGCUGCAAAGGGGAUUUUCCCAGGAUGGAGACUGGUGGAAUUGACUAUAGCCAUUUGUUGCCCCCUGGGCCAGGCUAGGGAUCUCUCUGUUCAAAGGCACACACAGGCUGAUAACCUGCUCUAGACUUCUGUUCAGGCGUGGCCAUUGCCUAUGGCCAGGCUGAUGCUAACCUAGCUGGGCUAUCCCACAUAAUGCACUUUGUAUUGCCAUUGGCUUUUUGCCUGCCAGAUAAUCAGAAUGUAGAUGAUGCUCUCAAGUUGAUACAGCUUUUAGCUUCCUUUGUUUUUUAGAGCAUAAGUCUUGUUUUUUUCUGACAUCCCUUAGCUCUUUGUGCUACUGAAAGAUGAAGUAGCCUUUUGUCAAACCAUUUUACUCAUGUCUUCCAAAUCCCCUCUUGACUUUUUUCUUUGCUGAAGCCAUGUUCUUUCUUCUAUUCCUUAACUGCAUCUCCACUGGAAGCCAGAGCUGGCCCUGGUACACACUGCUCUGGGACUGCAGAAAUGUAGAAAAGUUACCUAUUUACUCUGAUUGAUGUUGGCAUGAUCUCUCGCUUUUUAAUUUUUGUCCUUAUGGAACUUCUGCAGAUUGUACUCUUGAGUGUUAAGUGAGUAAUUGAGCUUAUUUUAAAGAAGUAAUGUAAACAGUUUUUCCCAGGAAAACACUGAAUCUGAGGCCUCAAUACUGUCACUGUGAAUGGAGUUAGUGUGGGGUUGUCCUGAAAAGCUCAGCUUGACUGUCUUGGCAUCAGCUUAGUAGCUGAACUGAUGUGAAGUGCUUGUAGGAAGGGGAGACUGUGCAGGGCAUGGUAUUUUUGAGGCUUGUGGUAGGGUGUCACAGUAAGUGCUGGGGAAGUGGCUAUCUCUGGCAAGGGGUCAGGUUUUGCCCCUUGAGGGACCAUACAACUGAAGGAAAUACCAAGUAGGUGAUACAGAAGGGAUCUCUGCCAAAAUGGGGCUUGGCUGUUUUUUUUUGCUUGGAAGAGUUUGGACAUUGAGGCUUUGGAGUGAGAAGGAUGUAGGCUGGUAGCUAUACAAGCCUCAUAGCUUGCCUGUCUCACAUUGUGGCUCACAGGUACAACUCUGCAGCUGGCAAUAGUACGAGGAUGAGACAUGGGAAGUGAAGUUAGGAGUGUUGGGGCACAUGGAGCCUGCUAGGAACUUGCUGUAUUUGUCUUGUCUUCUUCACAGGGUGAGACAUAGCUUCCUGUGGGGACUGCAUGUACUUAGCUUAAGUCCUCAGACGGACACAGAACCUGGUAUCUUUUUCUGCAGCAUGCCUAGCUGCACAAGGUGUCUUCUGCCUCUCCUAGCACAAACAGUGUGCAGCUGGCCAAAACAAACAUAGGCCAUCUUUGCUGGAGAAGCCGGACAGGGUAUCUGAAGCCAGUUACAUACCCUGUAGUUGGAAUAGUAAUUUAUAAUAGACUCUUUUUUGCAUUUCUGAUUUAGAAAGGGAAAAUAACCCCAGAAGUUAUACUGAUAACUGGAGAAAACAGUGAAUCUUGUCGACCAUAUACGCACGAGCAAUGUGGGUGAGGUGGUGGGUGCUGCUUCCAACCAGCACAAUUGUGCACUGGGUGUGGGCUUGAGUGUUUAUUGUAGGGACUGUAAUAACCAUCAGGACUUUUCUGCAGUGGCCAAUAGAGCUGUGAGGCAAUAGACUGGGCAGCUGUGGUGCUAACUGACUGUUCAGGAGACACCAGUGCAAAUAUGAAUUUAUAACUUAGGAGUAUCACCCUGCUGCCCUUCCUGGGUGUAACCUAGCUAUGUAACAUAAGGGCCUGUAUAGCUUAUGAAGAAGGCCUGCACUAUGCAGUCAGAUUUAGUCUUAAGGUUCACAUACUUAUUGGAAUUAGGGAACAGGGAAGUCACUAUGGGAAGAGAAAAAAAUGGAGGAUUCCGAAACCAGAAUAUUGGGUUAUAAAACAAGUCAAUCUUGUGGUUGUCUAAAGCCUACAGUAGAAGCUUACUGCUGGUUGGGUAUAGCUGUACUCAAAGUGAACCAGCAACAAGCUACUGUCAGUUAGUAGAAGCAGAAUGAAUUUGAUGAAAAUUGGAAUUGAGAAAAGGUGUUUAUUUUGUGGUUUGCUGUGGGAUUUCUUCCACUGCUUUAGACUACAUUCUUUGGGGGAAUGGCACAGCUGCUUAGUUUGCCAAAUGCCUAUAUCUUAUCUCUAAUGCACACAGAGCAAUUGGGAAGAACAUACAGCUGUUUAGUGGCAGGAAAUGAGGGCAUUUCAUCCAGAAGCAAAACAUCUAUGAGAGGCAAAACUGAGUGAGGAAAAUCUUGUGCUUAGAAGCUGCUGCCCUUUUGACUCUGCCUUGUUUGUGUUAAUACACAGCUGGAGAAAAUAAUGCAAUUAUUAUUUUUUUUAUUCCUUGUUCCUGGGCUGGUAAAACCACUGAGUGAUUAUGUUAACCACUAAACUAUGAAACAAAAUUCUCUUAGUAACAGAGUGCACUAAGAAAUUGCAGCUUGGUACUCUUAUCCCCUGGAUCUUCUCUGUUCUUCUCUUGCUUCAGAACCGACAUGGCUGGUACUGCUCUUUUCCAGUGCUCUGAUUCAGAAGGCUUGCUGCUUCUGGUCCAGUCAUUUCAACAGACUAACCCCUGUGUCUGGUAAAAGGCUCAAGUUUCAUCUGUGUUUCACCUAGUCUGUUUAUUAUAUUAACCUCUCAGGAAGACUUUUGUACACUUUAAACUGCAACCACAAACCAAAGCCCGGCUUUAAAUAUAGAGGUCUAACUCUUUGGGAAGGAAAUUCCUGUUUUCCUUAUGCUAAUUUGAGGAUGUGAAUGGAUACUGGAAAAGCACCACUCUAUAUGAACACUUUCUUUGCCUCUUUUUAUUUCCCAAGUGACACAAUGGCUAUUGUGUGAUAGCUUGUAAGCUUUUUAGAUUUAAUCUCUGAUAAAGGAACUGCAGAUCUAUCAAAAAUAUCCCAAACUAUCCUCUUCUUCCUUCAGAGAAAUUUCAUGCACAUACUUGAAAUUCUAGCAGCUCAUUCAUCACAAAUUGCAAAGAAUGAAGAAAGUAGAAAAGAUCUUCUAGCCCCCUGAUGCAAAAAAAAAAAAAAAAGGGCUGCUUUUAAAGAAUAGCUUUUUGUCAUGCAGUGCUGUCUUGUCUAGAUCAGACUCAACCGCUUUGAGGCUCUGGGUUGGAGCUGGAGGAGUUUACUGUGAUACCACUAACUGGAAUUCAUCAAGCCUUUGUCCUCUGUGUACCUUAUGGCAUGUGUUAUCUUCUGUACCACUCGGUCCCUUCUUCAGCAAAAUGUGUGGGUGGGCAGCCCAGCAGGUAGUUACCAGUGUCUGUCUGCUCUCUAUUAUAUGACCAUUGAGAGGUCAGGUUCCUAGAUCAAAAGUUGUUCCAGUUCAUGUCCAGUUGUGCUUACAGCAUUCAGUUGAACUCUGUAAGUCCUAACCCUUGCUGUUUCCACUCUUUCAUGUAAAGGGUCUGUGCAUUCAGGAAUCUACUCUUUUUCUCCUUCCUGUGACAGAGAUACUACUUUCUGCUUUUACAAGGCUAAGGUGAACUUCCUGUGCAUCUGACCAGCCCCUAAGCUGUGCAAUGCUGUAGAGCUGUUUUAUGUUGUAUACAACAGCCUGUAUCUGUGGCAUGCUCUGUAAGUCAUGAUUUGCGUGUGGUAUGUUUGGUUUGGUUUGCUGUCUGUCCUACUGUUAAUACUGUUGCAAGCUGAUUGUCAUGGGGUAGGAGAAAAUGCUUCACUUCUGACCACUGCCUUUAGGACCUAGGAAUUGUUUUCUUAUGAUGACUUGGAAGACUGUAUCUGCAACACUUAAAGAACAAAAAAGAAUCAGCUGUCUGCCAGCACUAGGGUAUCCCUUACUGUAUAUUCCCCACUGUUUUUGUAAUUUUAAAAAAGUUGUUCACUCCUUCCUCUGAGAGAAGACCUCCCACUUUCACCAAAGUAGUCGUAGGAGAAAUAGGUGAAGCUCUGCGUGUUUCUCUUAAGGGUCUAUUUCUGCUAAACACAUGAUAGAUGUGGGGGUGGCAGGGCUGAGCACUGCUAGAGUUGGGGCCUUGCUAACAGUUUUUCAAGCUUUCUUUCCUUCUUCCCUUUAAAUCAGUGAGAGAAUGGACUACCUUGCCUGUGUGCCACAUCAGCCAGUUUGUGCCAAACACACUCUGUGCCUUUAGAGUGGGCUCUGGCCUGCCUGCCCUCUUGUGUCCCUGCAGUAUCUGCCUUUCUGCAUUCACUAGUAGUCUUUCCUGUCUCCUCUUCCUCCUUUCCCUUGCCUACUGGGGGACAUUUCUCAGUUUCCAAUCUGUAGGCAGUUCCACUGGAACAGUUUCUAACUGCUUCCAUCUCAUUCUGUGGAUCUACACCAGCCUUCCUGCACAGGGAGGAGACCCCUCUAGGUCCAAACAGAAGACUUAAAAAUAUAACUUAGAUAUAAAAAACUCAUUUUCUUCUGGGGUUUCCUCUUGUUCUUGAAAACAGAUAUCUAAAGCAGCUCUUUGAGCUAAAUGUGUUCUGACUCUGCUGCUGUCACUGAGUUUGAGAAUAAUCUUAAGUGCACAACACACAUGGACACCCUGUGGAAAUUACUUAUGUCAGAGCAGCAACUAGACCAGCAAUAGCAUAUGCAAGUCAUAUAUUUACACAGCAAUGCCACUAAAUAGUGUUCACACUCACUUUAAAAGUUCAGUAUUAAAUUGUUGAUGCUUUUUCCCCCUCCUAUUUCUUUUUUUCUAAUUUUUGCUGAAGGAAAUGUAACUAUUUAUUUUGGCAGAAAUUUACCUUCUAAUAAAAACUUUCUUGAUAUAUUUACCUGGCUGUGGUAGGUUGCUUGCUGUGCCACUUAAAGAUUUAUUAAAUAUGUUUUGAAUGCA